AAACUUUACAAAAACUAUGAUAUUGAAUUUAACAAAACAAAAAAAGUACAUAAUAUUUAGGUUUAUUCAAAAUACAAGAUUUACCAUUAUUGUUUUAAUCAUGUUAUCAUAAUAUGACAUAUUUAGAUAUUGUUGACACAGCAACACUAUCAAUUUAACUCUGCUCAGAAUGGUUUUUUUAUCAGCAAUGGUUUAUUGUUGUCCACAAAUGUACAUUAAAUUACCAUCUGUAUCUUACCGUCCUAACUUCCCACUUACAACAGUAGCUGCACCCACGUGCUAAGUAUGUCUAUUCUUUUUUCAUAUUCUUUUCAUUUAUUGUAGUUUAUUUAAUUUUUUUUUUCAUGUAAAUCUAGUCACUUCUUCCUCAUUUUAGUAAUUCUGCUAUUUUAUAGUAUUGAUACUUAUCAUUUUUUUAUUUUUAUAUACAUUUUUAGUUUUGCUGCUGUUAAUUAUACCUAUAUCAUAUUGACAUCAAAAAAUAAUAUUUUUUUUAGGUAUAUUGUUGUUGUUGGGGAAGAUAAUUUAGUUACAAUUAACAGUAUUCCUGAACAGAGGGUUAUUGCUGGUUUGCAAGGAUACCAUAGUUAGGUUAAUGUUGUGGUUUUCAAUCCAUACACAAGUUCUUUACCAUCAAUGGAAUCAUAUUUACUUGGGUGUUACUGGCUUGGAUCCGUGAGACAAAGCAUACAGUUAUGUUUAUGGGAUAUUACUGGUGACAUAUUGCACCAUGUGACAUAAACUCCAGCAAUACCUAAACAAAAUGGAUUUGUUCAUUAUACAUCAAAGCACAAUGGAAAUUCUAGUAAUGAAAAAAAAAACAAACCCAAGAUCCCAUGUGAUUAAUUGUUACAGCUGCUUGUCCACGAUUUGAUCAGUGUUCACUUAUUGAAUCAUUAAUUUGUAAAAGAAAAUAAUCGUUUGACUGCCAUUGUAUUUCGUGAAGAUUGUUUUGUAACAGCUCAGCAAAAUGGAUAUGUCUAUAAUUAUUAGUGUUUAUUUUAUCAUAUAUUAUAGUGAACACUAUAUUCUAUUAAUUUUUUAAUUUUCAGACUAGUUUGAAUGCACAUUUAGGCCUGUUGUCACCAUUUUUUGAUUUUUAAACAGAGUUUAUAAGAUAAUCAACCAGUUGUGGUUGGUUCUCAGCCAAAAACUCAGUUUAGGAAUCGGAGUAACACCUUUUUUGUUUUUAAAUUGGUGAGAAUGGCCCUGACUCUUAUUAUCAGAUCUAAACUCAUUAAUUUUUUUAGUGUAACUAAAAACAAAAGUGAUAAAUUGACAAGCAAAAGGUUGUAAUUAAAAAAAAAAUCCAAUUCAAAUAAUGACUUAUUUAUUAAGACUACUGUUGGCAAAAUAUAUCAAAAUGUAUUGAAUUUAAAAAUAAACAAAUUGACUGUGAUCAUUUUUUUUAAUAUUAUGAGCUAAUUAAGAUAUUGUUUUCAAAUACUUUGAAACAGUGUAAACAAAAACAAUAGUUUUAUAGUUUUAUGUAUAUAUACAAUUAUAUAAUGUAUAAUUAUAUUUUUAUCAUGACAAUUAUAUUUUAGUCUUCUAAAAAAUUGAAAAAUGUUUCUUAAUUUAAUUAAAACACCCCAUUGGCACAGAGAUCAUAUUAAAUUUAAAUUUAAAAAAAAAUAUAUAUACACAGGAACAUUAGGUAAGGUAAAACGGGUAAUGAAAAAAACAUCGAAAAAAAUAAGCUUAGAAAUCAAAUUAAAUCCGGCCUCUGCCGCACCCCCAUAAUGUGCUCAAUAUAUAUAUCUCUGGUGGACCUGAUGGUGUCACUGACACACAACUUAUGCAUCAGGUCCCCGUAUCUCCGGCUGCACAGCUGGCGUAUUAACUAGUUAUUGCCAGGGUCCCGUGAUCUCAGCACAUUGACGAUUAAUGGAACCACCUCAGCAGCUCCAUGCUCCCUAGCAAGCUCUGCUCUCAGCUGCUCAUAUUUCUCUUUUUUGCACCUGGCAGCAACUUCGAAGGCGGCCAUCCUAUUGUCGAACGGGUCCGUUACAUCGACAAUGGACACCGCAUUCCCCCUCUUUAUCACCAGGUCCGGGCGCAGUCUCUGAGUCUCAAUCGACAUGUUUUCGGCGAUCACCUGGUACCGCGUCCCCGCUGCUUUCUUGAUUCUAGCCACAAUAGCAUCGUGCCUCACCAAGUAGAGCGCGGUGUACCGCAUACAGUAAUCGACGACGUGGGAUAGGCUUUCUGUUAUGUACCCACGUCGCCGACAACUACGGUCACCGGCCCUCCAUUACGAGGAGCCGUUCAGCGGCACCAAGUUCAACCGCGCCUUGUAGAUGAACCUCCAGUCCGUGAACCGCGUGAAGUCUCCCGACUUAAUGAAGUGCGUAGAAGCCGAGUAGGCCGCUACGCACUCCAUGGCCCUGCUUUGGUCCGACUUCACGGCAAGGGCCUCAGACAUCUUCAGACAGAGCGACUCCCGGAUGGUCCUCAUGACCACCAGACGUUGCUUUCGCCGGAGAAUCGCCCCGCCAUGGGUAAUAGAGGUAUGGCCAACGUCCACGGUUCAAGAGACGCCUAAGCGCUUGGACUCAUUACGCGCUGUUGACCAAACAUUGGCCACACCACCAUACCCACGCGAUUCGCGGAAUACGCCGUCCUCUUCACCUGACAGAUACAGGCCCACCUCGGCCACAUCCGCGUUCUUCCGUAGACGCCUCCCAGUCGUCUCCUUUGCAUGGGCUGUCGCGUCCGAAGCUAGGCGGUCGUCCGGUGACGUGAACAGCUUGAAACCGCUGUCGACCGCCGCGAUGUCGCUGUCUUUCGCGAGCAGUAGUAUGUCACAUCCACCGCAUGCCGUCGAGCCAUAGAGGGAUUCUCCGGCGGCCUCCUACGAAAGAUAAAAGGUCUUCUUCAAUUCCGGCCGGAGAAUUCACCCUGUGGAUGAACUUCUAGUCCGCGCACCGCGCGAAGUCUACCGACUUGAUGAAGUGCGUAGAAGCAUUUUUGGUUUUUUUUUUUUU